GAGUGCCUUCUAUGCACUAGCUCCGGGCAAAGUCUUCGGUGUCGUACUGCAGCGACUCUCACGCGAGAGCAGGCUAUUCUGGAACCACUGGGCCUUCGAAGGCAAGCGGAACACCUUCCUGAACUUCGAGGAGAUGGCCUCGCAUUCCUGUGCCGUGUACGUCGCCCCGGAGUUUUCCCAGCUUUUGCUGCGCGACAUCUAUGGCAUUGGGCUGCCUAUCCUCGCUCCGAAUCUUGAGUGGCAUCGCCGGCUCUUGCAGCACAUCUUCGCGUCCUGGGGGCAACUGCACAGCGAGCAUGACAUUGGCCGGCAGAGGCCGCCUGAGUCGAAGAACGCGGAGGUGCAGUCACAUCAGAUUUUCGAUGCAGCCGGGCAGUGGCCGUUUCCUCCGUUCUACAACCCCUUGGAGCACCCGCUGGAGCGGCUGAAAUUUUGGCUACCGCUGGCGGAAGUACACCGCUACCCGUACAUCCUUUAUUUUCGGUCGCUGACGGAGCUUUUGGAGCUCGCAGAGACCGCUAACUUCGAGCAUCAGAGUGCUGAGAUUCAGGCCCAUGGCCGAAUCAUUACGGCCAACGUUCGUGGCUUCUACCGCCGGGCGCUGGCCCAGCUCAUUUCCGCGACAGGCCUCGAAGGAUGA